AUGGGUCCGAAAACCCUCAACCUAUCGCAAAAACCUUCCGACUUUGAUGAAAAUGCCAACAAAACAGAGACGAAUGAGGAUAUUAAUCGACUGCAGCUUAUAUCCUCGUCAGAUCAUGGCAACCACAUAUUGCCUAUGUCGGAGCACGAAACCACUGUGUUCUCGAGAGUGUCGCCGGUCAGAGGACAAUGUCUGAUUAUUCAGGGACUUCCCGAAUCCACAGCUGGUGCCUCCAAAGAGCGGGUCUCGGCAGACCUGAAACUCUUCCAGUGCCUUCUCAACGAACUUCUGCGCCCCAAUGAGGAAGUUUCGGUUCUCAAGGCCUUUAGGCUUGGAAAGCGCUCAAUCGAUAUAUCAGAGCACUCACGUCCCCGACCACUCAAGAUUGUGUUAGCCAACCAAGAACAAGUAGGACUUAUUCUCUCACGACGUUUCCGAAUCAAAGACACCAACCGCGGCGUUUUUUUUCAGCCGGACUACACACCGGCAGAGAGAAUAAAACGUCGACAAUUAGUUCUGGAACUGAGAACAAGAUUGCAGAAUGGCGAGACGGAUCUUGUGAUCUACAACAACCAGAUAGUGCAGCGCCCUCCCCUAAUCCAUUGGACCGAACCGAUCCGGAUGAGGGCACAGUAG